UUUUCGGAGAGUAGUGGUCACACUGUUCAAAAGUUGGUUAGUAUUUUCGCAUUUUCUGUUUUUAUGUCUUUUUAAUAAUAAUUAUUUUUGUUUUACAUUGUUCUUCUUUGCCCAAUCCAACGUCCUGUCGCCCUGUUCUGACUGAGGCACGAUUGCCCGCUGUCCGCGCGAGCCUAGAACUCUACUACGCAGCACAAGGUGUUGCGACAGACCAAUUUGUGCGAUAAUAUUCUCGAGUAUACUAACUUUUGGAGUUUUUGGAGGUCCGUUAAAUUGCGUGUCGACCAACAGCGUUUGCUUUCACUCGUUCUAUCGCAGGCUGUUGCACGUUUUUGAUUUUUCAUAAUAUCGAGAUGUCAAGUUUUGAUAAAAGCGAAAGGCGGAUGAAAAACAGUGACAAUAAUAUUAGUAUAAAUAUUAAGGAACAUAUUAAAAACGGUCAUCAUAGGGCAAAGUACACAUUUACUAAUGAUCCAACUGAUAUAAUUGAUCUUAAUGUCGAAAAAUAUAAUGGUAUUGAUCAUAUAAAAGCUCUACAUGCAUAUUUGGAAGAAAUGAAUUUAGGGAAAGUUGAAUUUACCGUUUUUAAGUGUAAAUCAAAAUCAAAUAUACCUGCUCAUUAUGCCAAUAUCAAGCUCGGCAAUGUUUCUCUUGCUAGUUCAUUCCCGGAAAAAUAUUCCCUACCUGAAGUGGCUGAACAGGUAGCUGCACGUAAUGCAUUGGUUAUACUGAAGAAGACUCAUAGUCAUAAAAAUAUUCCCUUCACUAAUGAUAUUUCUAUUGUUGCCGAAAGAUUGGAAAAGGAGUUAAAAAAAAAUUAUGCUGGUCUUUUUUGUGAUAAAGUGGAAAAUAUUUAUAAAGAAGUAUAUAGUGAGCAAUUACCUUCAAAUUGGUUAGUUCUACUAGGUCAGUUAACAACAAAUAUUGUAAUUGAAAAUCUACCUAAUCAGAACAAAUCCAUUUUAUACUAUGAUGCUUCUCCUGCUGAUAAAAAAAAACAUACAGAUCUUUUGGAUACUUCUGUGACUGAAUCUUAUGAGAACUUACCUAUUAUGAAUUUUGUUGAUAAAACUGAAAGGAGUGUAACUGUGUCUAGUGUAGACAGUAAUAACACAUUUUGGGUUCUUUUUGUCCAUGACAGUAUUAAUGACGAUUAUGACACUUUAUUUAAAAUGAUGAAUCUGCCAAGUGAAUCAAAACAUUUUAUUCAAAUGUAUAAAAUUGAUAUUUCUGAUGUGUAUGCAGUUCAAAUACAAGAUGAAUGGUAUAGGUUUCAAGUCAUGAAAAUUGAAGAUGAUAGCGUUACUGGCAUUUUUAUUGAUUUGGGCAUGGAGUGGAGUCUUACUAAAAGUAAUGUUAUGUUUUUGCCUCAAAAGUUUCUAAAAGUAUCUUCGCAAGCUAUAAAAUGUGCUUUAACAUCUCUGUCUUUUGCACCUUAUUUUGAAGUUGCUAAUACGCUGUUUCAUAAAAUGUUAUUUGGAAAAGAAUUUACAUUAGUACCAGAUAAUAUUGAAUGUGAUAUUCCAUUGGUUACAUUAUAUGAUGGAAAGUGUAAUGUGAAUGAUGUAAUUAGAAAAGCCAUUAUAGAAAAAACCAAUUUUGAUAAAAUUCAUGAAAAAUGUGAAAGAGCUAGCCUGACUUAUGUUGCUGAUGGUUAUGUAUAUUUACAUCCACCAAAUGAGACAUUGACAAUAAUGGAAUCUAUAUUGGAUUCUAUUUCCGCGAAUCAGCCUCUUGACAAACUGUAUUCCAAAAACAGCAUUUCGCCGCAUAAGUUAUAUCUUGUUAAAUGCCCAGAUCUUAAUUUGUGGAGCAGAGCAAUAAUCCACGAUUUUAUAUUUACUGACCAAAAGUUCAAAGUAUACUUUAUUGACUAUGGUAACUAUGGUUAUAUUGAUCAAGAUAAAUUUAUCGAUUUGCAGUCAUUUGAUUUAUUUUUGUCUUCAAUCGGCCCUCAGGCUUUAAAAGUGUCGUUUCAUUUAUUCCCACCGGAGAAUCUGAUAGAUCAAUCUCGGUCCAGAGCAUUGUAUGAAAUGAUCACUGAAAAAUCUUUGGAUGUAUUUGUUGUUUCCACUAAUAGUGAUGGUAUUCAAGUAGUUGAAAUAUUUGAUGCUGAUGAUAAAAAUCCUAAUCGAUUGUCGUUUAAUACCCAAUUAUAUCAAAGUGUUUAGUUAUGAACUGUUAAAGAAACAUUUUUACAGAAUUUAUAUUUAAGACUCAUAAAUCAUAAGUGAAGUAUUUAUUAAUUUGUCAAAUAAAUAUUUUGAUAUUUAAAAAAGUUGUCCUGGUUAUUUUUAUAUUAAUAUGCAAUAGUUUUUUUUUCGAUUUUAUAUAAAUAUUUUUAAAAAUUGUUAAAGUCAAUAAAGAAACCAAAUUUAUGCAGAACAAUUGGUUGUAUAUAUUUUUUAAUAUGCUUUAUCAUUAAAGAUAUAUUGUUUUUUUACUAAUUUAACCUAAUGCAGUAACUCAUUGCCUCGAGCGUAAAAUUUUAGGGACGAGGAAAAUGAAAUGUCUACUUAAAUUGAUUAAAAAAAUUAAUUCAGUGUAGGUAUGAAGAAACCAUGACACAGUUAUCGAUUACUCAAAACAGAAAUCUAAUAUUUUCUCUUGUCAGUGAUAAAUAUAAUGAAUAAAGAUUGUAAACGGUCAUAAUAUAAUAUGGGUCAUUCAUUAUUGGCUAUUGCGGCAACUCCCGUGUUAUCCUUAUCACUUAUCAGAAAACACAACCUACAAACAACAUUUAAAAGAGAUGGAAAAGUAGUAUCUAACUGCUCUGCUAUUUUUUUUUUAAUAUGUAUGUUUUCAUGCUUAAUAUUAUGGUACUUUAAAAACAAUACGGCCCUGGCUAUACUGUAGGCGUUACAGUAAUUUUUUUUAGAUUCUGAGCGGAGCGAUGUAUUCAUUUUAAAAUAAUAUGUGUUUUUAUUGUAUACGAGUAUACAAUAAAUAGAAAAAAGACUUCGAUCUUUGAGGGUGAUUUAUGGAAGCAAAUUGGAUCUAGUUGGUUCUUUUGAGAAGUCAAAAUAAAAGUUCUUAAUAUUUAUAAUACAUAAACUGGGCAUUUUAAGGAAAAAACAGUUGUUAAUCAAAUCCAUUUUGUAUUUUAUUUAUAGUUCUACAAACUGUAACUACCUAAUUUAUAGUUAUAUUUAAUUUUCCACUUAGUAUUUACAUGUGUGCGCACACGCGAUUGUUGCAGCCGGUGGAGUUGCUCGACGCGUUAUAUCAGCGAUUUUCAGAAACACAAUUUUUUUUUAAUAUUAAUUUAUUACUCAGUAUUCAACUUAGACAUAGUCCAAAUGUACAUGUCAUAUGAAUUACCUAAAUAUUACUGUUUAAUAAAUGUUACCCCUUAACUAGAAAACAAAUAACUAUAGGUACUAGGUACAUUUUUUACAAAAUGUUUAUAUUAUCAUUUUCUAUACCUAUUUGAUAAAUUUUCAAAAUAUUUGAUUGUUAUUGCGCUAUUUAUAGGCGUUCAUUUUUUUUUUUUUUGCAAUAACUAAAAUACUAUUCAACAAUCUUGAAUAUUACUAAUGGCGAUGUAUAAAUAUAAUAUUAUGGCUGGCUAAAAUAAUAAAAUAUGCUUAGUAAUAUUGGCUGACGAGUAUCUCCGCUCAGAAUCGUUUUUCGUAUACAAAAUAUAAAACAUAUCCAUUACAGUGAUCCACUGACACAAUGUAAAGCAGAGCAGUACCCACGUCCCACUUGUCCACCUUUUUUCUAAGGGUAGGCUGAACUUUUGAAUUCAUUUUUGUCAAAAUCUCGCUUAUAUUAUGUAACUAUGCUAUACCUAAUUAUUUGUACCGUCUCCAGUCCCCUUAACUUAAAACUUAUAAGUCAAUUCUGACGUGCAUAUCUACUGUAGAAUGGUGCAAAUAUAGGUUCGUGCUUAUAAGUAGCUUAUUUUGAAACUUUCAUUGUGCAUAGAAUAUAAUGAUAAACCUGUACCUAAUGACAAAAAGUUUCGUCCGAUUAAUAUUUUUGGAAUCACAAUAACUAAAAUAACUACCUAUAAUAAAGUUUGUUAAUUUUCGUUUGAGUACCUAUCCAAUUUUACUUUAAAAAAAAUAUAUAAAAUAAAAUGAUGCCCAUUUAUUUUUGGUAUUUUUAAAUUGCUGCAAGAACAGCAAUCAACCUCGUAUUUUACUUUUUAUAAAACGUGUUUUCAAUAGUUUAGUUUAAAUAUUAGAAUUGUGUAUUAGAUAUUUUAAAUUAUUUCCUUUUACAAAAUAUAUUAAAUAUACAUGAUCAGUAAAUCAUUAGAUUAAAGAUGAAAGUCUAAUACUGAUAUAUUGUGGGAGGGGGGAUAAAUUAAUUCUAGAAUUUGCUUCUUGGUGCAUAACGGCCAUAACGAUUAAAUGUGUCACUGAAUUAUAUAAAUGUAGAGUGUAGAUGUGUGCGUUGUGUAUUUAGUUGUAAA